UGAGUGACAGACACAUGCUGCUUGAUCUCCACACUCCAGCCAGGUCCCCAAGGUAGAAAACAGUCUCUGAAUCUUUAUUCAUGAGAAAGUCAGACGUUCUACCUCUGAACUCCUUAAUUUAUUUUCUCAGUUGAAGGAUUUAAUGCCAGGAUAAAAAAUAAAUAAAUUCAUAAUUCAUAUAUUAUUUUUUGCUGGAAGUUCCAAAAUCCAGGUUCUGCAUUUCUGAAAAAUACACAAUACAAGGUUCAGCUAAAAUCAUGGAGAUGGAUUUAUCUACCCCAAGACUCUCAAACCAAAGAGAAGAUUUUAUUGGCCCUUUGAGACAAGCGAGUUUGAGGAGACGACACUAUUCAAUAGACGCUUCAGAGAUGCGAGACAUAGAAGAGACAAAAACAUGGAAAGAACGUAUUCAAGACUUCAGACGCUUCAUCUGGAAUCCCUACAAAGGGGAGUUUAUGGGAAGAGAUAAAAAAAGCUGGGCCAAGAUUUUAUUUUUUUACUUUUGUUUAUACGUUUUUCUUACUGGGAUGUUUGCAUUAUGUAUAUAUGCAUUGCUUCUCACAAUAAACCCAUACGUUCCGACAUACAGAGACCGAGUUUUCCCACCAGGUCUAACUAUCAGACCACACAUAACUGGACACCAUUAUGUCUUCAAUGGUUCAGAAAGAAGCACAUGGUCAUCUUUCACUGACAACCUGGACAAAUUCCUUGAAGACUAUGAAGAUGAUACACAAAUAAUUAACAAUAUAGAGUGCACCCCUGGACAAUAUUUUGUCCAACCUGGAGAUGAAAAGGAUGAGAAGAAAGCCUGCCAAUUCAGACGCUCACAGUUAAAGAACUGCUCUGGGAUUGAUGACCCGUCCUAUGGUUUUGCAGAAGGGAAGCCUUGCUUCAUACUAAAGAUGAAUCGGAUCCUUGGGUUUGAGGCUGGUUCCGGAGUGCCUUUCUAUGUAACCUGUGAUAUUCCGAGAGGCAAUCAGAAUCUAGGGUCAGUGAACUUCUAUCCAUCUAACAGAUUUGACCUCAUGUACUUCCCUUACUAUGGCAAAAUCACACAUGUAAAUUAUUCCUCCCCUCUAAUAGCAAUGCAUUUCACAGAGGUGGCCAGAAAUGAAGAUGUAACCAUCCAAUGCAAGAUAAAUGGAAAACGCAUUAUUAGUGAUAACAGUAAUGAUCGAUUUCUGGGCAGAAUAAUCUUCACCUUGCAUAUCGGUUGAGAUACCAAAAUUUCCAGCAUUACUCCAGCGACCCUUGACUAUUCACAGUCCCUAUAAACUGCGGACAGUACAGUUCACCAAUCACACUUUAGGAGAACAGUUAGUUCACUUGAGAUUUCUCUUAAUUCUUUAUGGACUCAUUGGACAGUAAUGCAGAUCAGCACAAAUAAGUAUAGUAAAAGCAAAGACUAAAAAAAACAUAGCAACAAAUAAUCUUUGAAUUUCUAAGAAGGGGAAAAAAGUGACACUAAUGUGAUAAUAUAUAGUAAAAUAUCCCAUUAUAAAUUCAAUUACGCCUCAGAACCACAUGACUAAGGGUCCAUAAAGAAAAGUGUCUCUCUCUUGCUCGGUGUGGUACAUAAAAUUGUCUCUCUUCUAAUUUCUCUUUGGAAGACAACCCACAGGACUACAAUGAGACAGCUAAAAUUCUUAGAUUUUUUUUCAGUUGUUUUUAUUAAUGUUUUAGACAAGAUAUGUAAGCAGGCACCAAUUGUUAACAUUUUUGUUUCAACAAAUUACAAGCAACAAAAUGGUCUAGGUAAGGAUUGCAAAGACAGUAACUUGACCAUGUGGAGGAGAGUGAAAGGGAACAAAGUAGGGUAUUCCCAAAGUGUUCAUUCAAGAAAAAGAAACCUCUAUAAUGUAGUAGUGUAUAGAGUGAACUACACAGUCUGUAAAUUAACAGGAAUAGUAGAGGCUUGCAAUAGGUUGGGAAUUCAAAGUAAAUACAAAGUGAUUUUGUAAUACAAAGUAAAGUAUAAUUGCUUCAGAUUUUCUCAGCUUAGGCUAUUGUCUUCAUCAAUGAGCACAAUCGGGUUAUGAUAAAAUCAAUAUCUCUGGUAUGGGAGGCAGAAAGUAGUUAUCAGAGUCCUAUUGUGGUCUGCUCAUAAGUGAUGUGGGGAUUGGUAUUCAGCUAAAGUGGGAAAUGGGGUCAUGGAAGAAAAAUUGCCGCUUAAAACAGAAAGUGGUUUGACGUAUUUGUCUGUGAUGAAACUAGGCUAGGAUGGUCAUGGUCUAAUGGAAAGAAAUUUCCAAGUGAGCUUUUCCUUGGGUACACUAGUAUGCUGUUAGUGCAUUUGGAAUAUAGAUUAUGUAGAAACUGAGUCAGCAUUGGGAUCCAGCUAUGUCUUUGUGGUUACGAGUUCUAAAAUUAUUGAUAAACCUGUGUGAUUGGUGAUGUGGUAUACGGUAUUAUUUUAAUAUAUAUUUUAUUGGUGUCACCUUUUUUCUUUCUUCCAAUUCAUUUUUUUUUUCCUGUAGCGCACAUAUGUCUGUAUUAGAUAAUUAACUACUUUAGAAAAAUCUAAAUAAAAAUUAACCUUAAUCAUUGUGGUUAUUUAAGACAAAAUACAAAAAUAAA